AUGCCAGGCAUCAGACAUCACAACCAACUGCAUGAUGUUAUCGAAAUGCAUGCCUUCAAGUGGCCUCCAACCCCCUGGCCUAAAGAUCCCAAAUACAAGGAAUUGGGAAUCUGGAAUAACGAACAUUUCUGCAACGGCUUCGAGGCUUUUACCAUGGCCCCUCUCACUAAGGUAGGGCACAUCAUUGGACCUAGGAGGAGGUUCACCUGUUUCUCAUUGACGUGCGAAAACAUUUGA